AUGAAAGCAUUUCAACAUCGAAGAUUUUUACAACUUUAUGAUGUAUUGAAAACAAAAGAAGACAUUUGUCUUAUUAUGGAAUUAAUUAUUGGUGAAAAAUUAUUUGAACGUGUUAUUAAUGAUGAAUUUAUAUUAACAGAACGUCUUUGUGAAUUAUAUAUGAUACAAAUCUAUGAAGGAGUGAAUUUUAUGCAUUCAUGUAAUGUUGUUCAUCUUGAUAUGAAGCGUUUCUUUCCGACACCAAAUAUUAAUCCUAAUGGUAAAUAUGUUCUUAUUAGUGGUUGUGAUACUGGAUUUGGUCGUGGAUUAGCUAUUGAACUUGACAAACAAGGUUUUUAUGUUCUUGCUGGUGUUUAUAUUCCUGAUAAUGUAAUCACUCUCAAAGAUAAACUUUCAUCAAGAGCUACAGUCUUUCCUCUUGAUAUUACUAAACAAGAAGAUAUUGAGGCAGCAUUUGAAUUAGUCAAAAACAAAACAAAAGUUCUUCAUGGACUGGUUAAUAAUGCUGGUAUUGCUAUUGUUGGUUAUAUUGAUUGGACAUCGAUGGAAGCUAUGCGUAAAGUGAUGGAUGUGAAUUACUUUGGACAUGUUGCGAUGACAAAGAAAUUUUUACCUUUAUUGAUCGCGAAACGUGAUUCACGUGUUGUUAAUAUUUGUUCUGCGGCUGGUUAUAUCACGUCACCAAGUUUAUCUGCUUAUUGUGCAUCAAAAUAUGCUCUUGAAUCGUUUUCUGAUUGUCUUCGACGUGAAAUGUUUCCAUGGGGUUUACGUGUUAGUGUUAUUGAACCAGGAUUUAUGCGAACACCCAUUAUUGAAGGGCAUUAUGAAUCAUUUCCAAAUUUUUGGAAUCGACUUUCAAGUGAUAUACAAGAGCGAUGGGGAGAAAAUUUUCUUAAAACAAAAUAUGAUAUUGAAAAAAACAAUCCCUUCGUGAAAUAUGCCGAGGAUCCUAUGAAAGUCGUUCGAGCUCUUCAACAUGCUGUUAUGAAUACAGUUCCUUGUAUUCGCUAUCGACCUGGUUUACAAUCAAGCAUUAUCUUUUUUCCAUUAUCUAGAUUACCUGAUUGGAUUCUUGACCGAAUCUUAAUGAUUGUAGAAAAUCUGCAUGCUAUUCCUGCAAACGUUAGCAAACAACUUACAGACUAA